UCUCCAGUGUGGAUGCAGCCUUAGAUUUGUGUUUCCGUUCUAACCAGCUGCAGGUGGUGAGGCAAAAUGGCGGCCGCCGCGGCCUCCCUCAGACGCCGCCAUCUUGUCUCCUCCCUCAGGAAGAGGAAGGAGGCGGCGGCCCUUCCUUCGCAGCGUGGCUUCGGGGGCUGCUGCUGCUGCUGCCAUGACCGGCCGGGGCACGCCGAGCCGCUUCUUGGCCAGCGUCCUGAGGAACGGCGUGGGGCGCUACCUGGUCCAGCUCCAGCGCCUGACCCUGACCCUCAGCCGCGACGCCCAGAGCUCCAGGGGCGCCAGAGAAUACAUUGAAGAAAAAGUGGUGGACUUUGCCAGGCAGAACCCUGGAAUUGUGGUUUAUGUGACUCCAAAGAAAUGCCGGGUUCCCACAGUGGUUGCUGAAUACUUGAAUGGAACUGUGAAGGAAGAGACUUUAACAAGCAAGACAGCAGAUGAGAUUGCACAGAUCAUCUACAAGCUGGCCAACCAGUCAGGCCUAGAAAUCAUCCGUAUCCGAAAGCCCUUUCAUACAGAUAACCCCAGUAUUCAAGGCCAAUGGCACCCGUUUACAAACAAGCCCAGUGUGCUCAGUGUUCAGAACGUUGGUCAGCGGUGUCUCCCUUCUGCAGAAAAUUAAAUCUACACUCACGCUUAUAGUCUAUGCAGUUAGUGGUAUGGAGAAUUGGACUCAGGGUAAGAUAUUAGGUCUGCAUUAAAAUAUCUGUUCCUCAUCUGCAGGGAUAACAUCCCCUUUCCUAAGGAUAGAACUAUCUUGUGCUGUCUGCGAGCUAGUGUUUGAUGCUGACGUGUGUGGUGUCAGCUGUGUCUUGCUGACUGAUUAUUAUACUGAACCAGUAUAAUAUAUACAGUAUAGUACAGACUAGUCUAGCCUUGAGCAAGGCCUUAAAUGGGAUGGGGCUGGUUCCUCCUCCAAAAGUGAGUAGAUACACAUUAAUUAGAACUAGAGAGGCUGUGAUCCUCUAUGCUGGUAGUUUUUUCUCAAUUAUAUAUUGUGAAUUAUCAUUAAUGUUAACCUUACUAGAUUUGAAAAUAAAGGAAGUACAACCACUACUAA